AUGAGUUCAAAUUUGUCAAAUGAAAAUGAGAAUAAUAAUAUUAAGAAUAAGUUAGAAGAAAAAUAUAAAAAUUUCCUGAAAUUAAAAAAUAUGAACAGUCAUAUGGGAGCUAGCCAAAAUAUGAGUGUUAAUAAUAAUUAUACUACGAAUGAAUUGGAAGAGUUUGAAAAAAAUUAUAACAAUAAUAAUAAUAAUAAUAAUAAUAAUAGCAUUAAUAAUAAUUAUUAUGAUUAUAUGAAUAUAAAAGUAAGUCAAAGUGUACAACAUAAUAAAAGAUUACAAGAUUUUUACAAUAAUAAAAAUUCGUUUCAACAUUAUAUAAAAAAAUUAAAGACAUGUAGAUUUGAUGCUGAUGAUAUAAGGAACUUAUUAGAAAAACGUUUAGCAUAUGAAAGAGAUAAUACCUUAAUUAAAAAUAUUCAAGAAGAAGAAAAUAAAAAGGGAAUAGGAAUAAAUGGGAAUUUUGGAAGUGAAAGUAAUUCGUCUUCAUCUAAUUAUGAUAAUAAUUAUCUUCUAUAUAAAAAAAUUAAUAGAUUAAAUAAAACUAACACAAAUAAAUCAAAAAAUAAAAGUAGGAAAAGAAAAAGAAUAAAUUCUAAAAUUGAUAAAAAAUAUAUUAUUAAAUGUAGAGCUUGUAAGUUUAUUAAUCCAAAUGGUUUUAAAAUAGAAGAUUAUUAUACAUGUCAAAAUUGUGGAUAUAACGAUUUCUCCGUUAUAAGGUCUACAUCACCAAAUAAUGCAGACUAG